GAAAAGAAAUUUCUGGAACAAGGGGGGCUUGCGGGAUAUAAAAAUUCACCGGCGAUAUACAAGGGGGCCAUCCGUUGCUCUGCCCUCCUCGCCCUUCUUUCACUCAUCCCUCAUCUCCCUUGAUUGCUGCCUCUUCCUCCUUUCUGCAUCAUCAACUCGUCUCCUUCAUUUUCUGUUUUGUAUAUCAUGGUGGUGCAUGCUAUCCCGUGGUUUAAGCAAGAAAUUGGGAAUACGGUUUAAUGGAAGUUGGUGGUGGGGGUGUCCGAUUGGAGUAGGUACUGUGGUAGUGAGAUUAUUGCGAACAAACUUUAUGCCUCUUUUGUGGCUGGCGCAGCACAUGUGGACGUGUGACACGGGAGUUUUGUGAGUGAAGAGGAUCUGACUUUUGCCACUAUAAUUAUGGACUCUUCCUUUCUCAUGGGUAGUACAAUUCCAGAGCCUCGUGAUGAUAUGGAAUUUGAAUCACAUGAAGCUGCCUAUGCAUUUUAUAAGGAAUAUGCUAAGUCUGUGGGGUUUGGCACUGCCAAGUUGAGCAGUCGUCGGUCUAGAGCAUCAAAAGAAUUUAUUGAUGCCAAGUUUUCAUGUAUAAGAUAUGGAAAUAAACAGCAAUCUGAUGAUGCUAUCAAUCCACGCCCAUCUCCAAAAAUUGGUUGUAAAGCAAGUAUGCAUGUGAAAAGAAAACAAGAUGGCAAGUGGUAUGUCUAUAGCUUUGUGAAAGAGCAUAAUCAUGAGCUUUUACCUGCUCAGGCUCAUUUUUUCAGGAGUCAUAGGAGUAGUGAUCCGCUUGGUAAUGAUGUCCGGAUGCGAAGGCGGAAGAAUUUAACUGCAGUUUCCAAAUUAUUUAAUGCAUAUCAAAGUGUCGAUUGUUUAGAGCACUUUUUGAGAACUCUACAGGAUAAGGGACGGAGUUUGGUUCUAGAAACUGGGCAAGCCCAAUUGCUUCUUGAACUCUUUAUGCACAUGCAGGAAGAAAAUCCAAAAUUCUUCUACGCCGUUGAUUUGAAUGAAGAGCAUAGACUGAGAAAUGUGUUCUGGGUUGAUGCCAAAGGUGUGGAAGAUUAUACUUACUUUGGUGAUGUGGUUUCUUUUGACACAACAUAUUUCACCAGCAAGUAUAAAAUACCGUUGGUGCUUUUUAUUGGAGUAAACCAUCAUAUUCAACCCACAUUGCUUGGUUGUGCAUUGAUUGCUGAUGAAACCAAUUACACUUUUGCUUGGUUAUUGCAAACAUGGUUAAUUGCAAUGGGGGGACGAGCUCCACAAGUGAUUCUUACUGAUCAAAAUGAGGCCAUGAAAACAGCUGUUGCUGCAGUUCUUCCAGGUACACGUCAUUGUUUUUGUUUGUGGCAUAUUUUGGAAAAGAUACCGAGGCAGCUUGAAUUUUUAGGUGCAUGGCAUCAUAAUUUUAUGGAAAAAUUAAACAAAUGUAUAUAUAAAUCAUGGACAGAGGAACAAUUUGAAAGGAGAUGGUGGAAGUUGGUUGAUAAGUUUAAUUUGAGAGAUGUUGAAUGGGUCCAAUCCUUGUACAAUGAUCGGACGCGUUGGGUGCCAACUUUUAUGAAAGAGAUCUCUUUUGUUGGACUGUCCGCUAGUUCUCGUGCAGAAAGUUUGAGUGCUUUGUUUGACAACUAUGUCCAGUGUGAUACUUCAUUGGGAGAAUUUAUAGAGCGGUACAGAAUGGUUCUUGAAGAAAGGUAUGAAGAAGAAGCCAAAGCAAAUUUUGAUGCCUGGCAUGAGACACCUGAAUUAAAGUCUCCUUCUCCUUUCGAGAAACAAAUGUUAUUUGUUUACACGCACGAGAUUUUUAAGAAGUUCCAAGUUGAAGUUCUGGGCGCAGCUGCUUGCCAUCUUAAAAUGGAAAAUGAUGGUGUCACUGCAACAUAUACUGUGAAGGACUUUGAAGAUGAUCAAAGUUAUGUGGUAGAGUGGAACAAAUCUAAUUCAGAUAUAUGUUGCUCAUGCCGCUCAUUUGAAUAUAAAGGUUACGUUUGUAGACAUGCUAUUGUCGUUCUACAAAUGUCAGGGGUUUUCAGUAUACCACCCAAGUAUGUGUUGCAACGAUUGACAAAUGCUGCUAAGAGCAAGCAUCCUAUCAGUGAAAGAUUAGAGGAGGUGCAAUCUAAGGUCCGACGGCUCAAUGAUUUAUGCAGGCGAGCCAUAAUAUUUGGUGAAGAAGGUUCUUUGUCCCAAGAAAGUUACUACAUUGCUUUAGGUGCCAUAAAGGAAGCCUUAAAGCAAUGCACAAACAUGAACUCUGUUGAGAAUGAUGCGAGGCUUGAUGCCCUAGUUACUCAAGUUUGCAAUAUUGAAGAGGAGCAUCAAUCUGGUAAUGCUUAUAACAAGAAAGUUCCUGGGAUGGCUACUGGUAAUAAGGCUGCAAGGACUGGUGGGGCUGCUAGGGAAGUAGGAAGUACAGAAAAUACCGAAGGAAAUAAAGGGAAGGUAUCUCAACUAGAAGCAGUGGGCAGCCAAGGUGGUUUUCACCAAAUGGAAUUGACAGAUAUGAGGCAGCAUAAUGUCAUGCCUAUGCAGUUUCACAGUAUGGUGCCUCUGUUCCAUACUGCAUCAACACAGUAUCACAACGCAGCUUCAACUCACUUGCAUGAGAACUGCCUUCCUCGUUAGCCGAAUGAUGAUAAUAGUUUACUUUGUAAAGAAUCUAAGAUUUUGUAUAGAAUUUUACGGAAAAGAAUGUUUUGACAGUAACGUAUUAGGACUGCUUCUGGAAGGUACAAUCUGUAAAGGAUAGGAAUAAUUAAUACAGGUAUGUUUCAAUCUUGGUUCUCGUUUAA